AUGUCCGAGCCCAUCCCCGAAUCAAUCCCCACGUCCGCCGACCCGCGCUCCCAGCGGCCGACCAAACGCCGGGCCCUGACACCGCGCGCCGCACUGGCACACGACGUGGAAGCGCUCUUCGCCAAGCCCGACAAAGCCAUGAGCAUCGCCAGCUUGACGCCCACAUCCCUCUCCGCGCCGCCCGAGCUCGUCGCGAACGUGCAGGGCUCCAGCGCGGGCGCCGGCAGCGGCGAGUUCCACGUCUACAAAGCCAGCCGCCGCCGCGAGUACGAGCGCCUGCGCGCCAUGGACGACGAGGUGCAGCGCGAAGCCGCCGCGACCGACUUUUUGGCCCGCCGCGCUGCGCAGGAGAAGAGGGACGCUGAGAAGACGGAGAGGAAUAGGGCGAAGCGCGCCAAGGCGCUCGCGCGCAAGAAGGGCAAAAAGGGCGGCGACGGCAAGGAGGGCGCCGAGGAUGGCGUGCAGACGACGAAGAGGAAACUGGUACCGAACGCGACAAGUGUCUUUGGCGCCGCCGACGGCCACGACGAGCAGGAUCCUGACACGGCGCUCGUCCCGAACGCAGACGAACUCGGCCUGGUCAUCCAGGACGACGACUGA